UAUGUUGAGAGCGAUAUCCUCCUGUGGAGACCAAACAUCAGCAGCCCUGAGGUGUCCCACCGCUUUCUGCUGAAAGAUACACUUCAAACCAGACUUGAGGGAACUUUUUUCACAGCUUGGGGGUUUUAUUUUAUUUUUAUUUUUUUUAAAAAAAGGACAUUUUGGGACAUAAUGGCAUUACGGCAACAUUCAGAAAAGGAACCGAGCAUUGAGUUAUUUGUCAAGGCCGGCCAUGACGGCGAGAACGUGGGCAACUGUCCCUUCUGCCAGAGGCUCUUCAUGGUGCUGUGGCUGAAAGGAGUCAAGUUCACCGUGACCACUGUUGACAUGAGGAAGAAGCCUGCAGAGCUGAAGGACCUGGCCCCCGGCACCAACCCUCCUUUCCUGCUCUACAAUGGCACCCUCAAAACAGACUUCAUCAAAAUCGAGGAGUUUCUCGAGCAAACGCUAGCCCCUCCCCGGUAUCCUCACCUCAGCCCGCUCAACAAAGAAUCCUUUGACGUGGGCGCUGACAUUUUCGCAAAGUUCUCAGCUUUCAUCAAGAAUACACCAAAUAACGCAUUUCAGGAGAAAAACCUGCUGAGGGAGUUUAAGCGUCUGGACAAUUACCUGAACGCUCCUCUUCCCGAGGAGAUCAACCAUGACUCACGAGAAGGCAUCACCAUCUCCAAGAGGAAGUUCCUGGAUGGUGACCGCCUCACUUUAGCUGACUGCAACCUGCUGCCCAAACUGCAUGUCAUCAGGGUCGCUUCUAAGAAAUACUGCGACUUUGAUAUCCCGGCCCAGUUGACGGGCGUGUGGAGAUACCUGCACAAUGCUUACGAGCGAGAAGAGUUCAAACAGACUUGUCCAGCUGACAUCGAGAUCGAGAAGGCUUACUUUAGUGUGGCCAAUAACAGAAAAUAAACGUUCAUUAUUCGCCCUUACUGAGCGUUACUAUGGUCUGUAGAGGGUGCUACCUGGUGCCAAAGAAUACUCCAGCAGUCUUUAGGCUGUGUUCACACUUGUGGUUCAGUACUCUGGUCCGGACCAAAAAUAGAAAAAAGAUACUUGGUGCACACUUUGGUGCGGUUUCCUUAGCAUUUAUGCUGGUAUUUUUGUCAUGGGACCAAAGGCUGCACAGGAAAGAUUCUAUGCAUAAAGCAAGGACUUGACAUUUUACUCAAAUAUCCCAACCCAAAAUGCAGUCUGCUGGUUUGAAUACAUAACUAUUUCUUGUUUCUUAGAUUUGACCAAAAACUUGUAAAUAUACCUUUUAAAGAGCACCAUUGUCAGAGAGAGCGUGAGAGAACAGCAGAGAGAGAGCACUUCCAACACAUUUUAUCUUGCGUAUUUGUCACUUCUGCAUGCUUUUUGCUGUCAUUUUAACGCCGGUCCGUGUAGCGUUCACAUUUCAGCUCAAGUCAACCGAACUGCAUCAGAGUUGCAAACAUGGCAAGUGUGAACGCACCCUAAAGUACUCAAAACUCAGAAUAUGUUUGAUUAAAGAGGCCAAGUGUGCAAUUGACUGUUAUUUAAUUUAGCAGAUUUGUGUUUAUAGUGUACAUACAUGCAGUAUAUUUUCAACACGUCAUUGUUAGCCACCAGCAGCAAAACUGUUUAUCUCUACAGAGAAAUUCGUCUACCACUACUGCUCUUCUGUAUCUGACAAGCACAGUCGAAAAUGAUAAUGAUGUCACUUUUACACGAAUAAAAGACUCAAAAGGUGUAAGGCUGUUGUGUGAAAUAGUAAUGGCUGAAUAACAAAUAACACUCACAUUUCUGAUACUUGACUUUAUUAAGACACACAAAAGACAAUUGUACAAGUUUUAAAAAAUAGAUGUUCUAUCGAGCGUCAUUCAAAGUGUUGGGUGGGUGUUUCCUCGGCAUCUAAUUGGUCACACAGUAUUUCCAGAAACAAGCUGUUAGGGGAAAAAAACA